UCGAGUGCGGCUGCAGUGUGUGGGAGGUCGGGGAGCAGCGCGCGCGGAGCGGGGGACAGGCGGCGGAGCGUGCGCCCGGUGCGUACCCGUGCAGCGCGGGCUCGAUUUGGGCGGUCUCCAACGUCGGCAUCCAGCGGCGGCGCACGUCUCCCGCCCGGGCACCACAAACAGGACCCCAGCGGCGCGCGCCUGCUCAAUUGGUGCGCUCCUGCUCAGCUGGUGCGCUGGGCUCCGCGAGCACCAGUGUUCGAGAGCAGAAGAGCGCCGUGACGUGACACCACUGACUAAGAGAGAGAGAGGGAGAGCUCGUCCUCCUGCCCGGCGCGAUGGCGAGAGCAUCCCGUGUACUCAGAUCUGCCAGCGUGGCCUGGCUGCUGACGCUCGCCGCCGUCUCCAGAGCACAGCGCGUCAGAGGACCACCGCAAAUUAACCCCGAGGAGGCUACCGAUCUGGUGGUAGUCAAGCUCGGUGACCCGGUCAAGCUCACAUGCCCCGUCUCGUCCGCUUCGCACCUGCUCGUCGACUGGACCAAGGACGGCCAGAAGGUGGACGGGAUCCGGUGGCCGCUGAUCCGGUUCGGUCCGCGACAUCUGCGAGUGAAGUCGGCGACCGCCGAGCUGGGCGGCACCUACGGCUGCAAGGGCAUCACAGGAUACGGAACCGUGCAGCACCAGAUCAAGCUGGUGGUCAUAGACCCCGCCGACGACCAGUUCAUGAGCCAGAGCGUGGGAGAGACGUCCGGCAACGAGUACCCGUCACUGAGCUCGCGCCGGUUCAACGUGUCGCCGCCAAAAAUCACGCAGGUGUUUCCAUCGCAGUCGCCCGUGCACAAGAUCGCCGGCGGACGGGUCCGCUUCCAGUGUGUGGCCACAGGCGUGCCCAAGCCGGACGUGAAGUGGUUCAAGGACGGCACGGCGUUCCGACGGCCCGAGCUGACGGCUUCAGGCCGGCUGACGCUUAGUCAGCUGACGAGCGCUGACUCGGGUACCUACGAGUGCCGCUUCACCAGCCUGCUUGGCCAGGACGCCGCCCGCUUCCAGCUGGACGUGCAAGAGCCGUACGAGCAGAAGCCGAGGAUCGUCGGUGACGGCCCGCAAAACACGACCGUGGACGCCGGCGAGCGGGUGUCGCUGCAGUGUCAGUUCAAUGGUCAGCCGCCGAUGCACGUCAAGUGGCUAAAGAGGAUCGACUCCGGAGAUAGCCAAGCUCUCCAGAACUCCACCAGGACUAUUGAGGUGCUGAACGGCGAUCGGUACCAUGUGCUGAACGCCUCGGACACGCUCAGCAGCGGGCCGGAUCAUUACAUGAUCAAGCUGACGCUGGCGCGGGCCCGGCGGAGGGACAGCGGCCAGUACGUCUGCUUGGGCGCCAACAACGGCGGCUUCACUGUGCGCACCGCUUACCUGGCCGUGCGCGGUGUGCAACCGGACCCCUUCACAGCACGUCCCAGCAGCCACGUGUACCUGAUGAUCAUCGCGCCAGUGGCCAUCGUGGUAGUGCUGUCGUUGACUGCCAUUGGCUGCCUCUGCCAGCGCCGGAAGCACCCGCAGCUGCCCGGCGAGCUCAAGUCGGAUGCUGAGGCAUCGUUGAUGGGUACCAGGAUCGUGACGCACCUGCCAGCUGACAAAGAGCGCUCCGAACUGAUCUCGGGCCCAGAGACAUCUCGUGGCGUGCCGUUAAGCUGCAGUGCAUUAUCUCACCACGAGCGGCGCUAUGACCCGCCGCCACCGCAUCCGACACCAGCGCCAUCGGACCACGCAUACAUGCUGGCCCCAGUGGACUCGUGGAGCAGUCGUCGCAGUGACCAAAGCCACAGCCUGGGAGACCGGAGCUGCUGCAGCUGCAGCUCGUCUACAGAGCCGCGUGAUGUGCAUACCCACCACCACCACCACUUGCACUACGUGUGCUGAGAGUGGACGGCACGCCACGGGGCCGAGUGCGCCGCGCGCCAGCAGUGCCACCUGUCGGACCAGGAACGGCUCCCGGACACUGCAUGCGGUUGUCGCCCAGCUAGUCAUUCAAUACUUCCUGGUCGUGCGGAUGUUUUGUAUAAUGUGCAGGUAGAUGGCUCUAGUUGUUUGUAUUUAUGUGUUAUUUAUGAGUGUGUUUGUUACCUGGGACGGAUCCAGCGCCUUGUCUUCGGGGCCAAGCCCCGAUUUUUGGGGCGUCAACCGACGGCAACUCUAGAGAUAUUACUAGAGAUUCGUUUUGCCGUUUUGAGGGCCGUGGUGCCGUUCUACCCCUGGAUCCCCAGUGUUUGUACCUGCCGAUUGUGCUAGGAUUUUCUAACAAGUAAUAUAAAAAGUUUGUGUGUGGUUUAACAGCCGCUGUGCCUACAUAUAUAUAUACAUAUUCACAUUUUUAUGGAAAUACAUUUUGGUGUUUGUCAAUGAGCCAUGUGAAAUGGCUUUUGGUAAAAUCGAUCCGACAUUUCGUUUAGCACGCGCGGUAAGAGACGACAUGCGCUAUACUUUGACAAAGCCCCUACCCGCUACGUGGGUCAUGAAAUGUUAAACUAAGGGGCUUCGGUGAACUCAGCGCGAUACGUGCCGGCCCCUGUGAUACCAUAACCCCGUUUCAAUGCUGGCAUGAAUUCAAUCUGAGUGAGUAUUUACCGUCAAACUGAAUUAUCACCCGUCACGUACCGUUAGUCACGGUCAGAAUAGAGCGGCAAAUGCAAUCGUAGUCCAGUGCCGUCUCAAAAGCAAGUUGCAACGCGACCUAAAAUUCGAUACCGAAGGCGUGUUUUUGCUGUUUUUCAAAGCACGCUUCGACCAUGUCGUCCACUGCCAUACAGAUUUAAUGGCCUGUAUAAUGCGCUUGCAAUCAAUAAUGCUAAAAUAUUUGGGGAGGGAACGCUGAUGCGAGGCUUGCUUA